AUGGACGCUUUCGAUCUCGUAGAUAUUCAAAGAUUACGUCACCCGAGGCUACGUAAAUACUCUUAUGAAUCAAAACUGUUAAAACUGAAAUCCAGAAUAGACUUUUUCCUAGUUGCCAAAAAUCUGACACAACAUGUGAAGAAAAGCGAAAUUUAUCCUUCUAUAGCACCGGAUCACCGAGCAAUUUACAUUUCUUUGUCUUGGACAACUGAAAAGUCUAGAGGACCCGGACUUUGGAAAUUCAACAACACGUUACUGAAGGAUGAACAUUAUGUGUCCAAAAUCCGUGAAACGUACUCCCGCACACGCGCUUUUUACUCCAAUUUGGCAGACGCACGCCUUCUUUGGGAAAUGUUAAAAAUGGAAACCAGAGCGGCAACCAUUGCUUAU